AGACACACAGACGACGCACAGACGAGUUCAUCAAGCCAUCGCCCCGUCAUUCUGCCCUCUCGCUGUCUACGGCAACGGCUGAGCUAGGCAUCGGACCGGGGUGCGGAAGGUUCAGCGUCGAGUUGCUUACCUUCCUUCAAAUGCAGCCGCGAUCGUGGUUUCAGCUUUCUGAUCUCCAAUCACCUCGCGUUCUCUUUCUACAACUUCUCGUUCUCAAUUGAGAAGAAAGUGCAGAGAUCGGACAAUGGAUUGGAACGAUGUGACAUUUGAGGAUCUCGUGGAUGCAUUGAAGGAAGUGGAUUGGUCUAUUCCUCCGCGCCCGCUGGGAGAAUUCUUCGGCAAUUUUAGCGCACCGAAAAACGAUUCCAAAUGGGAAGGGCGUCUCCGAUGUAACCUCUACUAUUACCGCACAAACUAUGUUCUCCUUGCGGGUUCCGUUUUUGUACUUGCCUUUGUACGAAAUCCAUUGGCGCUGGGAGCUGUAACUUUGACAGGCCUCAGUGUUGCGUGUUUUAAUGAUAGCUUCGCAAUAACUCUCAGCGAAAAGCUGACGAGAGGAAUUAGCCAGGUUUCUCCUACUAUCGGACGCAAACUACGGGCACCCGUGAACGAUAAACCUCGUGGUCAAUCCCGAAAUCGCACUAUCUACAUCUGUGGCCAAGAUCGCCGCAUCUGUGCAACCAUCUUGGCGUCUGCUGGCGCCCUACUAUGGUGGAAAUCCUCAGCUGUUGUGACUAUUUGUGGUGCUUCUAUUCUUGCUUUGUCGCUGCCAAUACUUCAUGCCAGUUUCCGUACCCCAAACGUGAAAUCUCGCCUUAACCGAAUUCGGGAAGAAAUUCGUGAUGUCUUGAAGGGCUACAAAGAAAUGUAGCAGCAUACACAAUAUGGCACCAAAACUACUAUCUGUAUAUUCGCUUUUUUCCUUAGUUGAUCAAAGUCGCUAGCACACAGGAGGUUCUCUCAAGAAAGUGGGUUCGUGAUCUGCUUCGGUUUUGGUGAAGGGAUUUUUCUUGAUGUUAAUAUGACAGUCUUUUGAAUAGCCUUCGCAAUACUCACCUAUUUUACACUAAGUUGGCCAGCUCGAUCAUCUGUUGUGAGCUUUUUAUUUCCAAUUUAGACCAAUUAAGGGUCUUGGUAUAUAUCAUCUCUAUAAUACACUCAUUGUGUCAACGAAGGUUUUUAAAUAUGAUCUUGGUUCAAGAAAUUGAACUUUCCUAGA